GGACCUGUACAGUAUUAGAAUGGACUGCAGAUGCCACAGCUCGGGCAAUUGUGAUAGGCUUUCUAAUCCUAUCCUUUUCAAUAUACUUAGCCAAAUGGACCAUAGCAGGCCUCAUGAAAACAGCUACAGUUCAGUCUCUCACAGAUGUACCUGUGAGAUGCGGCGAACGGUAGGACUCAAAAGGCCAUCUGAGGUCUGCAAAGAAGCCUCCGUUGUACUGGUAAAAACUGUUCACUUCAUGAAGAAUCUACCUGCGUUUAACCAGCUCCCCCCAAAAGACCAGUACCUGCUGCUAAAAAACUGCUGGGCUCCUCUCUUCAUCCUGGGAUUGGCUCAGGAGCAUGUAGACUUUGAUGUGAUGGACACACCAGCCGACAGCAUGCUGAAGAAGAUCCUUCUGAACAGACAACAGGGCCCUGACACAGACAGGGAGCAGCCCACUAUGGCUGGGGUCAGCAAACUUAAGUAUUGCUUGAAAAAGUUCUGGAGCCUGGAUUUGAGCCCAAAGGAAUAUGCAUACCUUAAAGGAACUACGAUAUUUAACCCUGAUGUCCCAGACCUGAAAGCAGGCUUGUUUGUAGAGGGGCUGCAGCAGGAGGCCCAGCACGCCCUGAGUGAAGUGGUGCAGCUGCUGCACUCAGGGGACAGGGGGCGCUUUGCUCAGAUCCUGCUCACAGCCUCCUCUCUGCAGAGCAUCACACCAGGCUUCCUCACUGAACUCUUCUUCAGGCCUGUGAUUGGCCCUGCAGACCUGCUGGAGCUUAUGGUGGACAUGCUCUUCAAGGACUCUAUAGACUCAUGGUCUUAGGCCUUUCUUUAUCUGAGAAAUUACUUUUCCGCUGUAACUCUUGUAUACUGAUAUUUUUGUACCCUGAAUGUGCAUUUGUUUAAAUA